AUGGGCAUCAUGAAUGAAACUGACUACGGCCUCGUGCAGUUUCUCUUGAAAGGGGUCCCAGGCCUGGAGCGCGCUCAUCUCUGGAUCUCCUUCCCAUUUUUCUCUAUGUACCUCAUUGGCAUGGUGGGGAACUGUGGACUUCUCUACAUCAUCUGGGCUGAGGAGGUCCUUCACAGGCCCAUGUACUACUUCCUCUGCAUGUUGUCUGUCACGGACAUAAUCAUGGGCACCUCUACGAUGCCAAAAGCAUUCUGCAUUUUUUGGCUAAACCUGGAGGAGAUCAGCUUCAGCUCCUGCCUGGUCCAGAUGUACGUGGUCCACACCUUCACCGGGAUGGAAUCCGGAGUCCUCAUGCUCAUGGCCUUGGACCGCUUUGUCGCUAUCUGUUAUCCACUGAGAUACGCUACGAUCUUAACCAACCCCAUCAUCCUCAAGGUGGGGCUCUUUACCUUCCUCAGAGGAGCGGUUCUCAUCCUCCCCUUUCCUUUCCUAGUCAGGAACAUGAAAUAUUGGGGCAGCAGAGCCAUUGCUCACACCUACUGCGACCACAUGGCAGUGGUAAAGCUGGCCUGCAGCAAUAUCCGUGUGGAUGCCAUCUAUGGCCUGACAGUCGCCCUGCUGAUUGGGGGCUUUGAUAUCCUCUGCAUUACCACGUCUUACGCCAUGAUCUUGAAGGCGGUGGUGGGCCUUUCCUCUCCGGAACAACGGAGCAAGGCGUUUGGCACCUGCAGUGCUCACAUCUGUGCCAUUGUUAUCUCGUAUACACCAGCCUUCUUCACCUUCUUUGCACACCGCUUUGGUGGUCAUCACAUCACUCCCCAUGUUCACAUCAUUAUGGCCAACCUUUACCUUCUUCUGCCCCCCAUGAUGAAUCCCAUUGUCUAUGGAGUGAAGACGAAAGAGAUCCGUGAAAGUGUCCUGAGGCUGUUCCACAAGGAGAAAAGCAUGACUGCCCCUAAGCAGUGA